AUGAUAAUCAAGGAUCGUUUCUUUCAGGAUCCAACCAUCAAUCCCUCGCAAGCUGACGCUCUGAACUGGCUGACCAGUACGACCCCUGGUCGCUUCGUGACUACUUUCCUGUCGGAUGUUGGCCUUCCGCCAAACAAGCACGACAAAGGCUUCCGCAAAACGACAACAAUCAUGGAUAUGGACGGCAAGGACGGGAAAGAAGGACUUCGGGAGCACCUCGGAUGUCUACGGGCCGAGAAGUUUGAUCCCAAGGAAUGGUAUGGCAAGGGCUAUGUUCUCAGAGGCUCGAUCCGUACUAACGUCCGUUUGCUGCAGCUGCUGGCCUUUAAACUGAAAGAAAUUCAGUCCGUCAGAUACCGUCGUUUUCCCGAGAACAAGUUGCCCAACGCGCUCGUCACCACCAUCGGCGGUACCAACGGAUAUCUGACAGAGGUCCGCAAUGUCUUCUCUACUGCCACAGAUGUGGAGAACCUGUCAGGUGCUGACCCUAGUCAACGCAACCCCCACGGCAAGGAGGGAGACGAGAAGCUGAAGAAGAAGAAAAAGAAACGACGAAGCAAGCGGAAGCCCGGUUAUCGAAGACGGCAAAGGGCAAGGCAAAAGGCGCGCAAGCUGAAGGAACCUCAGACGACUCGGUACUUUGAUCUGGUGGUCAAGCGCAAAGCUGUGUCGCGACCAUCGGACAGCUUUGCCGGCUGGCUCGAGGACAGAAAGGAAUUCACCACCGGGUCAUCUACCGGAAGGACCAUUAAGGACAUCGAGACCGCUCUGCCGCCUCUCAUGGGAGAAGGUGCCUCGUUUCGAGAGUACGUUACCGCGCGCCGAGCAUCGGAGGAAGAUUUGGACAACUUCUACAAUCAAACCAACUUCUGGAAACACAAGUGGGACUCCGAGGUGUGUCGGCAAGAGGAAUUCUGCAAGGUUGCUGAGGGCCUGCUCAAAAUGAUCGGCGGAUCUGUUGGGUGGCCAAGGAUGCCGCAUCAACGAGUUGUGAUCGCAAUUGGACUGGCCAAGUUUACUGGUGUACAUGGCCCACCUGGACUCAACGGCACCUUUCAAGCGUUUUUCAUCAAUCUGGUAGGGCACAUCUUUGCGACGACUCGCUUCUGGCAGCGUCAUGUGAUGGCAUCGAAAAACAUUAACAAUGCCAUCAAGGACCAUCUGAUCCACCAGCAGCGGCCGCUCUACCUCCAACCUCAGCGCCGAGACGGAACUUACCCAUGGAUGGAUGUUACUACUGGUGGCGAUAGUGGUGGUGGUGGCGGAGAGGGAGCAGAUGGGCCACCUGAGGCCAUGGACGUCAGUGUGGAUGGAGCAGGCGGCAAUGCUGGCGGAGGACCAGCAGCAGCCAGCCCGUCGAUGGCGGCGACGACCACUGUGAGUGGCCCAACCAGAAAGAGACGUGCCACUUCGAUCGUCUCAGUCGAGGACCCCAACACUGAUGUCGUUCCCACGGCUGAUACACCAUCCGUCCACACCAAGAACAAGUCAAGGAAAUAUUUAACGCAGGAGUUUCGCCAUAUUACGGGAUUACGUACAAUGAGUCGUCUUCCGCGUGAGCUCUACAUAGAGCAGCGUUCAUUUGAACAGUACGAUGCAAUCGAUUUCUUCGAUUUCUGUGACUUCUUCUCGGACGAAAUGACGGAAGCUGGCUUUCAGUGGAGAUCAUUCAUCCUACCGUAUGUCCUACAAGAAGAUCCAGCCCAGCACAAGCGUCUUGUUGCGUCUUGGGAUGAAUCGAAGCGUACUCGACAGAAAUAUUGGGACAGUAAACAGUUGGAGGAGAAACGGGUUGCGCAACUCAACACCUUUAUUGAUCCAUUCGGAGAGGAGGAUGCCUCGUCCAGUCCGUCUACGUGGGUCUUGUCAUCAAGGUUGAAUAGAAAGCGAACCGCUGCCGGCGUUAAGAAGGAUCUGGACAACGCUGAGACCAGUGAUGAGAACGUCCAGAACCCUGAGCCGUUCGUGGAUGCUGAGGGUGCCGAGAGCGAUGAGAUGGCCCAGUUUGGAUCGAAUACCAACGACGAUACAGACACGGAAGGCCAUGUGGUGCAUGAUGUGUCCGUCGAUGACAAAGAGGAAUUACAGGAGAUUGAGGAGGCCAUUGCCUCUGCGCAAUCCCCUUUUCUGCCCUUGUUGGAGUACCUGUACAAAAAGGUGAAAGGUCAGGAUACAGAGUUGCCGCCAGUCCCUCCCACCUUCAUCUGUCAAGAACACAAGGAGCUUUACCAGUAUGCAUAUGAAAAAUUGCAUGCAAAAGACCAGGAGGACAGGGACAAGGGCAAACGGAAGAAGGACAAGAGUCGGCCGUACCAUGUGGAUAAAGAUGUCUUGGUGGCCUUAAGCGGGAUUGUGAACACAAUUUCGCCUUCUACACGGUCGUUCACGUCUACGUCAGCUAUCAAAAUCGACUCCUUGGUGAUGGCUCUGGACGAAAAAGACAAUGAUCUUGCUGGGCUGAUGGAUGAGUUGGCGGAGGCAUAUUCCCCUGGGCACAAGGAAGACCCUCUCGCUCCAUUGGAUAUGGAAUCUCUGCGAAUGAAGAUGUGGAGCCUGCUUUUAGAGAAUGGUGCCACCUCACCCAAGACCAGGAUCGUGAGGCGAAAAAUGCAAGUGCUGCAGGUGGUCGACCACAUAUGUACACUGAUCUCAACGAACCAGCUCGCCCCACCGACAACUGAGCAUGUGGUCGUAUCAGUGUGGUCAUUCAUUUUAGCAGUGCUGCUUGGAGGACAGGUGGUCCGCGGCAUACCUGGCGAACUUGCAUCCCAAGCAGCUAAGGAUGUUCGCUUGCAUGUGGAGGCCAAAUACGGUGUAACGACGAAGAAUGUGAGAGGCCGAAAGGUGGAUAUCAGCGUCCGUGUCUUUGCGAAUAACACUUGGGACAACGAGAUCUGCAUUUUCGAGUUCAAAACUAGCACGGCAUCAGACCUGGUUUGUGCAAAGCAGCAGCUCAAAUCAGUGCGUAUCAAUACUGCUGUUUUGCACGACUUGGAAUUCAAAGGAGUGGAUACGUGCAAGCACUUCCCCAUUAUCGCAGAAGGACGGGGUUUUUGCCUGAGUUUCUACACUUUGAAACGAAACGGGGACGUCAUCACUGCUGGAAGAUCCACUCGUGGUAUGGUCUGGAUCCCCUCCGACAUGGUGCAACUGAAGCAAUUUCUAAAAUCUGACUCGAUCCAGAUUCUGUUGAAGUUUGCAGUAGGUCCACGAGCUGCAAAUCUGUUGAUGCUUAGAGGGGAUGACCACACAUUACGAUAUGCUGUGUAUGUACAAGAAACUCUGUCCUUGAUCCGCCGACCUCCUCUGCCAUCGACGCCUCCUCCCCGAUACAAAGAGCCCUUUGCAGCCUUCACUCCACACAAGCACAACAAGCGAAAGUAUAUAGGGGAGACUGAUGAGGAUCAGGACGUUGUUGAGGAUCAAGACGACGAGGAAGAUAUGGAGUGA